AUGACUGGAAGGGUUUUCAGGGAAGGUAAAGUGAAGUCGAUUAUCAGAAGCUGUUACGAAUCAUUGCAAGUGUACUACUUCGAUGAGCACAAGAAGAUGCAGUUAGUAGAUGACGAGGAAAUGGUGGAUCUGGAGGAUCGCAUCGGAGAUUACCAAAAGAAAAUGGACGAGCUGAAAAAUAAAAUCAAAUUCCAUGAGGUUAGAUAA